CGCGGGCUCGGUGGUAGACACUGGAGAUCUUCGGCAGCACGAUCUGCACCACGGUCUUUGCCCACCACCACAACAUUUCACCCUCGGACUUCGCCCAACAUGCCUAAGCAAGUGACCGACAUCAAGCAGUUCCUCGAAAUUGCGAGGAGAAAGGACGCCAAGUCCGCUCGCGUCAAGAAGACGCUCAAGGGCAACUCCACCCAAACCAAGUUCAAGGUCCGUUGCAGCCGAUACCUCUACACUCUCGUGGUCGAUGACGCAGCCAAGGCCGACAAGCUCAAGCAAAGCUUGCCACCUGGCCUCAACGUUCAGGAUGUCGGUCUUGUGGGCGUGAAGGGCAAGCUGCGCAAGUAGGCUUGUGCAAGAACUGCAGGCGCCUACAAAAAGUCCACACGAUCAUAGGUCUUUCUGAUGUCACAUGCACUCAUCAAAACACCCACGCAUUUCAUGCCAUGUAGCACCAGAGCUUCGUCACCACAGCAGACGCAGAGGGACUAC